GGAAACACCAGAAGAAGAAGAAGAAAACGGAAGUAGAGCUUUCCGGUGUCCUUGUGUGACAGAGAGGCGACUGCAGACGGACUGUAAAGAUGAACAGACACAUAUUUGUUCUCCAGCAGGUGGCGCGGCGGAGCUUCUCCAGCACGACCCGCCGACAGGUCGACAACAAAGUCCCGCAGAAUCAGAAGCUGUUCCAGGAGAACAACGGGAUGCCCGUCCACUUAAAAGGAGGAACCUUCGACGGCCUGCUGUACAGAACAACGAUGGCCCUCACCGUCGUGGGAACUGGAUUUGUCGUAUACGAGCUGGUGAAGGCGGCGUUCCCUAAGAAGAAAUAACUCCUCCUCUUCCUCCUCCUCUGCUGAAGCUGUUUACUUCCACUUUAAAAAACCGGCCAGCUGAUCUAUAUUGUAAGAAAAAAAGCUCCGUAUGUUUGCUGUCAUGGUGGGAUAUUGUUUCAUGUUCAUGGGAUCAAUAUUUAUUUUUCUUGUACACUCUGCGAUAACCUGAGGAUCAAUAAAAAAACAAAAAGCCUCUCAUGACCAAAA